AUGGAAGCAUUUGAUCCGAGUUUGUUGGAUGUCAGCUGGGAUGAUGAGUUGGAUUUCAAGGUAGCUGGUGGUGAAGAUGAUACAGUUAUGUAUCGACAGAAGCCUUGGAUCCAGGCGAUAAUCGUGUGUAUAGAUUGUCAUGACUUUGGUUUGUCGAUGAUGGGUAUGGAUGAAUUCUUCAAUACUUUAGAAUCUUUCGUACGUUCUAGAGUAUGUCAGAGUGUUCAAGAUAGGAUGUCAAUAGUAUUGUUUGGUUCUGAAUUAAGUGCAAAUGAGUUUAAUAUUAGUGGUAUUACUGAGCUUAAUAUAUUGUCUGUACCGGGUGCAGAUUUGAUAAAUCAAUUGAGGGAAUUACAGCAAAUGUCUGUUGACGAUUUCAAGAGCAAAUACAAAACGGCGCAAAAUAUGAGACGUUCCGCUGUGCCUCUAAGUCAUUUAUUCAGAUUCUGUCUUAGAGAAUUCAAGGUCAGAGGUCCUGCUAACAAAUUUUCCAGAAGAGUAGUUAUACUGAGCAACAGGGAUGAUCCAUGCCAUUUUAUACAGUCAGAUACUCAGGUCAGCUUGCAACUUGCCAGAGACCUUUUGAGAAAUGGAUGUCUAAUAGAUCUCCUUUCACUCAACAACAGUUUCGACUGGGAUAAAUACUGGUUUCCUAUAGUCAAAGAUUCCUUCUCUCUUAAGCAAAAGCAAGAUACCGAAGAUGCAGGCUGCGAACUUGACGAUAACGCGCUUAAACGAAUAAUUCAGGAGGACGCAAGCCGGAUUCAGUCAUUGUUUAUGUCAUUGGACAAUCGGAUGAAGAGACAAAGAACCUUCCAGAAGACACGGUUGAUCUUGCAGAAGGAUUUGUAUGUUGGAAUAAAUGUGUUUGUCGUUGUCAUGUCGGCUAAGAAGCCUACGCCUAUAAAGCUAAGAGCGAGUGACCACAAGCCGAUUAAGACUGAGACAAAGUACUUACAGACGACGACAGGUCAGUCAUUGGCAAAACAGGAGCUGGUUUCAUAUUAUGAUUUGGGUGAUGGAAACAUAGUUGAAUUCUCGGGGAGCGAUUUGAGGAGGCUAAAAGGACAUGUGACAUCCACCACAGAAGACAUAGCUACAGAGGGCGUGGCUAAACAAGCAAAAGAAAGAACGGAACAAGAUUCAGCCACGGAUCGGGCGGGUGAUAGUGGAGCAGCGACAUACAGCGGUAGUUCCGCUGAUAUAGCUUUAUCAAGAACAGCUAGGAUGCGGUUAGAAGGUUUUAUUGACGAGUAUCAGCGCUAUAGAUACUGUGUCGGCGACAGUAUCCAUUUCAUAUAUGCCUCUGAUGAGUUGGUGGAGGGAAGUCGUCUGUUUCUUGACUCCUUAAUCGAAGCUAUGACUUUAAAAAAUGUUUACGGAUUGAUCUCCUGGCAAUUCCGGGACAACUCGUCGCCUAAGUUUUACUGUGCCGUUCCCUACCUCGCUCCCGCAAGCACUCCAGGCCUAUACCUUCUGGCAAUACCAUACAUCGAUGACUUACGGAUGCCGUGGACAUACGCAGACUACAACCCACACCUACUCCACCAGUAUGGUCUUCACUCCCAAACCCAUAAUCAUGACACGGAAGAUGUUCGAGAUCACGAAUUAAAAGACCAAGUGGAAACUAAAAUGAAGUACGUGCUAGAAAAUCUAACUGCCCCACAAGAUUGGAAUCCACAAAAAAUACGGAACCCAGUCCUUACCAAAUUCUGGGCAGGAUUGGAGACACUGGCUUUAAGUGAAGCCGAUAUGGCUCCGGACUGGGUUGAUGAGUCUCUGCCCAGAUUGCAUAAAAGACCACCCGUCACAGACGACCCGUCUCAGGACGAACGGGGAACGGAACGGGGAACGGAACAGGGAACGGAACAGAGAACGGAACGCAGCGAUGACCAGCUCGCUAACGAAAAUAUGGUCCCGGAUGAGGUAUGGCAGGCUGCUAAGGACUUACACGCACUCCUGGCCUUGGGACGAACCACAGGCACCAAGCGGGGCACAGCCUCUUCUCGAACUUCCACCAAGAGAAGCAAUGCUACUAACCCGGCCGCUUUAACGAAGCUCAAGGAGGACAUUGCUGCAGCCAAUCUCCGCAGUCAAAAGGUCACUGAACUCAAAAUUCUCCUGCAACAGGCCGGCCUGCCCGUAUCCGGUCGCAAGGACGAGCUUAUCGAACGGCUCCAAACCUUCGCCGCCAGCUCCGACUAA